AAUGCUCAGGAGUCAGACUUCAGGAUACUGUGUGAUGCAGCCACUCUCACAUUCAUCAUCCAAUGUAAGCAGUUGUUGUAGUGGAUUGAGGGAAAAUGGAACAUCUGAGGAAGAGGAGAAUGACAGGGAGCUGACGUGCUCACUUAAGGGCCCUCCAAAACAGGAUUCAAUGGUUCAGAGUAUGUGGCUGGAUGACAGUGACUGCACACCCAGUACUUCUAGCUCACCAGGAAGCAGGUUGCUUCCUUCCAGCAGUGUUGCUGGCUCCAUUGGAAAAGGAAAAGGCAGCAAAGCAGAGACUCAGCACCAUAAUCCAGCCUCCAUUUUGUGCUGUGUGUGAUGUCAGCGCUGGAGCACUGUUUGCAACACGCAGGCCUAUCAUUGCUGGGACCUACUUGUCCAUGCCAGUUUCACAGCUUUUCCAGACAUGGGAAGUGGGACUUGAUUUCCUGGUGAGGCCUGUAAUAAGAGCAAAGGGGAACACAACUUCAGACUACAUGCUUGGAAGUCCCCCACAGCCAUAUCCAAAUCACCUUUGGAUAGGCAGAAUUAGGGCAUCCUUGAGGAAGCAAAACAGAGUCUACUUCAGUUACCAGCUGAACCUACAGCAGUGUUCGCAACCAUACUCCAAGGACAUUCCUGUAAAACUUGCAUUAGUUAAAAACUCCUACUGGGUUUGGGGUUGGUGCCCACAAAUGCAUGUGUGUGGUGGUUUCCUCAAAUAUCAGUCACUGCAGAGCAAGGUGUAUCAAAUAUUGUCCAGGAUGGGGACAGCUCCUUUUAAAAUACUUGAUUGGUUCCCUAGACUCUACUUUGGGCUUGAAUUGUGUCCUUUCCAGCUGCCAUGAUGCAGAGUAAAAGGAAGCAUUAAUAUCUUACCCUGUGCUUCUUAUGUCUGUGUAGUACACUGGACUUAAAAUAAAAGGAGAAUGUGGCCAGCUUCUCUUA